GUCUGAGUGAGUCGAUGAGCCGAAUCUCAAAAGCACGACGCGUCGCUCUUACUGCAGAAAAUGACCAAAAUUCAUUGAAACAAAUCUUGCAGGAAACUGAGUGGAACUGUGCAAUGGUUUUGAUCCUGUUCGCAACGCAUCCAUCUUCUCGCGAAUCAUGCCUACUUCAUUCCACGGAGAGAUUAGCAACUCCUGCUGCAUCAAAUCGACAUCAAAUGACCACGCUACGGUGGCCCACGCGGAUUGUAACCUCCAUGAAUAAUACUCAGUUUCGGAACGGCAACGGGAGGAACGACAAGGAGAUCGUCGAAAGGUGAUACCGCUGUCAGUUUCGGCCCGUUCGACACCAACGGCCCAAUCGAGACAUUGCACGCGCACCUCUUCCACUCAUUCGCCAUGGAUUAGUGGCACGAAGCACAGCCCCGUCCCUGUUGCCGCAUGUUCGCGCACCGAAACAAACCCUAAUUCAUGGAUUGUUGCUAGGAAUCUCCGAUUCAAGUGGGGGAAUGGCCAGCGAGAACCAGCUGGAUGAGCUAAGUUUAGGGUUAGGGAUGUCUCGGGACCUGGCGGAGUUAGAGGUGCACCCAUGUGCUCAUCUAUACUACAAAUCGUGGUCAAACUUUGGAAGUUAAUUUUUUUUGGUUCAUUGUACAUGAUUUUAUGGUAGUUAAAAUUUUAUGUUAAAUGAACAAGUCAGUUCUGUAAAUUUCAGUUUCUUUAUAAUUAUGUAGAUGUCUAUGUUUGAUAUGAUACAAAAAUUUAAGAUAGUUGUGUCAAAUGAUGAUAAGAAAUGUGGUUUACAAGACUAAGAAAUAGAUAUGAUGUUUGUAAGAUUCUUAAAAAGAAUUGGACAUCUACAAAGUAAGAAAAUCAUUUAAAUUUUUCUCUAACUUUUAGGUUUUGUCUAAAAAGUCCAGCUGUACAAACUUUUAUAUCUUUUUUU